AUGUUUGAUGCCGUCAAGCACGCAACAGCCGGAUACAAACUCCCAUCUUCUGAAACAGCAAGAACUAGAUUGCUGGAUGAAUGUAAGCACGAUGUUGAGAAGGAGCUAACACCACUUAUGGACACUUGGUACACACAAGGAGUCUCAGUUGUUUCCGAUGGGUGGUCUAAUGUCAAUCAUACUCCGCUAAUCAAUGUUCUUGCUGUCAAUUCGUGUGGUCCAGUGUUUAUGUACGCCACAGACUUUUCAGGGGUGGAAAAAACAGGAGUAGCAAUUGCAAAGUUUCUUCAUGACGCCAUCGAGAAAAUUGGAGCAACCAAUGUGUUGCAAGUUGUAACUGAUAACGCGGCAAAUUGCAAAGCGGCUGGGAUGGAAAUCGAGAAGAUAGAAAACUCAGAGCUGGAGCUGCUAAAGGUUGCAAAAACACGUUUUGCAUCACAUUAUAUACUGUUGAGAAGGCUUUUGGAUUGUAGAGAGGCACUUGCAACAACUAUUGUUCUCAAUGCUUGGCGGGAAUGGUUCAAAAAACUGGAUGACACCACGCAAUCAGCCGGGUAUGUUAUAACUGAAACGAUAAAAAAUGAUGUGUUUUGGGAAAAUGUUGAAAAUAUUUUAGCUUUUACAAAACCUAUUUUUUUGAUGGUUAAGUUUUGUGAUGGUGAGGGUCCAAAAAUGGGAGAAAUUUAUGAGAGAAUGGAUAAUAUGCUUGGAGAGAUAAAAGAUGCCAUGAAAGAAAACAAAUUCUCAAGAUAUUUUUCUGAAGUUGAGCAGAUAGUUCUUCAAAGGUGGGAAAAGAUGACCAUCCCACUGCAUUGUUUGGGUUUUGCUUUAAAUCCAAAGUUUUAUGAUAGAUCCUACUUAGAGAAAUUGGCUCCUGGUGGUAUGCCUAGAAAAGCACCUAACAAAGACUCAGAAGUUGUGAACGGUGUUAUGGAAGCAUUUCAAAGAAUUGCUGAAGAUGAUGAUGAAUUCACGAUAUACCGAGAUCAAUAUGCUUUCUUUCAUACGAAAAAAGGAAUUUAUGCUAAGAAAACAACCCAAGCUGAUGCAAUGACAAUGGAUCCAAUCGAUUGGUGGAGUACUUACGGAUCAGCAACUCCUCAAUUGGCAGAAGUAGCUAUAAAGGUACUCUCCCAACCAAUUAGUAGUUCUUCGGCAGAGAGAAAUUGGAGUACAUACUCCCAUAUCCAUAAUGUGAAGAGGAAUCGUUUAAACUCCAAGAGAGCGGAUAAACUUGUGUUUAUUCACUCAAAUAUUCGAUGUCAAUCCCGUCUCCAAGAAUCCUAUAAAUCAGGCCCCAACAAAAGGUGGGACAUGGAUCCCGAGAGUUCAUAUUUGGAAGGUUCAAGUGCUCGCCUUGAAGAAAUGCUUUGGGAGAACCUUGAUGAUAAAGCUAUUGGCAAAGGAAAAAGGCCACGAAUUGAUUAG